AUGGCUGACGCAAUGCGAUACACCGUCUAUCGUGGUACAUUUGUUCAACUUCCACGCCUUAAUUCCAGCUCGGCCAAGCCGGAGCUGGUUCGAACCCAGGGUGUCCUGUGGGUCUCUUCAGAGGAUGCCCGCAUUAGAGGAUAUGAUUGGCAAAUCAACGAUGAUGCCAGCUUUCAAUCGUUCCUGUCUAGUCAAGGCUGGAAUGAUGCCGACGUUACAGUUGUGGAGUCCAAUGAUGAACAAAACGAGUUUUUCUUCCCUGGAUUCGUUGAUACCCAUAUCCACGCGCCGCAGUAUCCCAACUUAGGGCUGUUCGGGUCAAAAGGCCUCCUGUCCUGGCUGAAUGAAUACACAUUUCCAAUGGAAGCCAGCUUCGGCUCCAAGUCAGAUCCACACAACAAAGACAACGAUCCCAAACAUACAUCACCGGAAAGCCUCCGGGCAUAUGAUGAAGUAGUUGCCAAGACUCUUGCCCACGGCACAACUUGUGCAUCUUAUUUCGCUACUAUCCACGUUCCUGCCACCAAUGCCCUCGCGGCGCUUUGCCACAAACAUGGCCAGCGCGCCUUCAUCGGCCGCGUCUGUAUGGACAACCCUGAUCAGUGUCCGUCCUACUACAUCGAUCAAACCGCGGACGAAGGCUUAAACGCAACAAUCAGGACCAUCGAUUACAUAAAAAAGCUGGACCCGAACGGAACAUUGCUCAACCCAAUUGUGACACCCAGGUUUGCCCCAAGCUGCUCAAACCACUCCCUCGAUGGCCUUGGAAAGCUAGCUGCAUCACAUGACCCGCCCCUCUGGAUCCAGACGCACAUCUCCGAAAACUUGGACGAGAUUGAUCUCGUCCAGCAACUGUUCCCAGAGUCAUCCAGCUACGCUGACGUCUACGACAAGGCUGGCCUGCUUACCAAACGUACCAUCCUCGCACAUGGUGUGCACCUCACUAAAGAUGAGAUUACUCUAAUCCGCGAGCGCGGCUCCAAGGUUGCGCACUGCCCAUCAUCAAACUCUGCCCUGGGUUCUGGACUUGCUCCUGUCCGCUUCAUGCUUGAUCAAGGUGUCACUGUUGGUUUAGGCACGGAUGUGGCCGGCGGAUACAGCCCCAGUAUACUUGAAGUUGCGCGACAGGCCAGUCUGGUGUCUCGUGUGGUUCAAUAUAGCGCGGAAUAUCAAGCACUGAUGGGCAACAAAACAUCCGAUGGAAGUGAGAAGCUUUUGGUCGAUGAGGCUCUCUAUCUAGCCACGCGCGGCGGUGCAGCAGUCGUUGACAUGGCGGAUGACAUUGGCGGCUUCGAUAGGGGUAUGAUUUGGGAUGCGCAGCUGAUUAGGUUGGGUACUAGUGUGAAAGGCACUACCACUAGCCCGCUUGGUGUGGCUUCUCUCACUGAUCGAGCUGUCCAGUCUGGCCCAGUGGGAAAUAUUGAUUUGUUUGGAAAUGAGACUUGGCAGGAGCAGAUUCAAAAGUGGAUGUGGAGUGGUGAUGAUCGAAAUGUGAAGAAUGUGUGGGUUCAAGGCAGACUGGUCCACUCCAAAGAUGAGUGA